AUGCUGGGUCCCGGCAAGUACACCAUCGUGAACAUCGAGAAGUGCGCAGCGGCCGAACUGUACCCCAGCGGGAUGAACGUCGAGGUACACCGCGUGAACCGCUCGCACGUCGCGUUCACAUUCACGGUGCACUUCGACCGGGACAUAAACGAGUUCGUGUCGAUACGCAUAGACAUUUGCAAAUACGUGGACGGCGGUUGCAAGCCGUAUCAGACGCUGGUCGACGAGUCGGCGAUCAGGUUCUGCGAGAAGUACGCCAAGAAGAAUGUGGAAACGGGCCUGAGUAUGGCCGAUAUAGAAAACUGGCCCAUACUGGCGGGCGACUACACAGUGGACGACUACAUUUUCAACUUGGACGAGCUGCCCGAAAAAGGGAUGUACGGCGACUUCAUAGCCAAGAGCUACCUGCUAAUGGAGGGAGUCGAGUUCGCGUGCGUCCAGGUAGCCGUCAAGUUCGAGAAGUGCGACGACGAAGACGGCGACGACGAU